GGCAGUUAGAUAAGCUCUGCGCUUUCCGCUGAUACGGCUUGCUUGCGGCAGCGAAAGUUCGACGGCUCUCGUGAGUACGGAUGAAGUUUCGUAACCGAUCGAGUUCUAGGAUUUCUUUUGAAGGCGAAGUUAGUUUGUGCAUUUUGUGGCAUUCGUCAUUUUUGUUUCAAUAUUUACAGUGCAGGGUGUUUCAAAAUAGUGUCUUUGCCGAUCACCAAAGCUUUAGAUUUAGUAUCUUUAGUGGGAUGCAGUUUGAGAGGAUUUUUGAGAUUCAGAUACAUUGUAGCAUAGUCAAGGCCAUGAAACCUUUGUGGGGGCGGCCGGUGAUGAAAAAACAGCUAGAGUUUGGGUUCUCUAAUUAAUAACAGAUCUUUGUAACACUUACGUCAAUUCCCUUUCUGAACCUUCACCUUGAAUAGCAAUAUCUAUUUGUUAAUGCAAAUUAAAUGCAUGACGUAGCUCUUAAAUAUCUUGAUAUGGAAACACAGUUGACACCCUAAACACAACCAAUAAUGUUUCUGUAAAAUUUUUAAUGUGACUGAAGGACUUGAAGUGAAGUUAAACCAGUGAAUAGACAUAAUGGCUCCAGAGACGCCUUCUAGUUCUGGUAGUGACACUUCAAUUAGACCACCAAUGAGUGCCGAAGAAAGAUUGAUGGUUGCUGUUAGGAUUCGACCCCUGAAACCUGAUGACACUACUAGGUGUUUAUAUGCUGUUGACAAAAAGCACAUUAUUGUAGAAGAUACCGAUAAGUUCGACGUAACAAGGCAGAAAAGAAGCUUAGAUAAGCGAUACUCUUUUGAUGUCGUGUUCGGUGAAGAUUCCACUCAGGAGGACGUCUAUGAAGUUACCACGAGCCGACUAGUUAAGGACGUCUUGAAUGGGUACAAUGCCACCGUAUUCGCAUAUGGUCCAACAGGUGCCGGCAAGACCCACACCAUGGUAGGUGAUGCCAACCAACCGGGAAUUAUGGUCAGAGCUUUAAAUGACCUUUUUGAGGUUGUGAAAGAUAAAGAAGAUGAGUAUCAAGUUUCCAUGUCGUAUUUGGAAAUCUACAACGAACAAAUCCGAGAUCUUCUUAAUCCACAAUCAGGAUACCUGGAGUUGAGAGAGGAUUCCAGAGGCAAGAGUAUACAAGUUGCUGGAUUAUCAGAAAUAUCAACCACGUCAACAGACGAGGUAAUGCAACUAUUACAGAAGGGUAACAAAGCCCGCACGGUGGAACCUACAGCAAUGAACCGCACUUCGUCCCGCAGUCACGCACUGCUCAGCGUCACAGUGCGUCAUUCGGUACCAGUAGAUAAAAAAGAUCAUCUUCGGAUGAGAGUUAGACAAGGAAGACUAUUCAUGAUCGAUUUGGCUGGAUCCGAAAGGGCAAACAAAACCAAGAAUCGAGGAAAAAGGUUGCAGGAAGGUGCACAUAUCAACAGGUCACUUCUGGCUUUAGGAAAUUGUAUCAAUGCACUUAGUGGGGGUGCAAGAUAUGUAAACUAUAGAGACUCCAAGCUCACCAGGCUUUUGAAAGAAGCACUCAGCGGUAACUGCAAGACAGUGAUGAUAGCUCACGUCUCACCUAGCAUAACUCAAAAAGACGAAUCCAGGAACACUCUUCUUUACGCUGAUAGAGCCAACAACAUCACUAACAAGAUUGAAAGAAAUGUCCUGGAUGUAUCUUAUCACGUCUCCCAGUAUCAGACUGUCAUCAAUGAACUGAAAGAUGAGAUUUCCAGAUUGCAGAACAAAAUGAAAGAAGAAAGGCCCAGGAGUGCGGACAUCAAUAGAAUGAAUGCAGAAGAAAGGUGUGAUGAGGUAAAGAAAAUCAGAGAGCAGAUUGUGGAUACAUUCAAAACGCAGAUGAAGCUGAGAAGGAAACUGAUGGAGAUCGAUUCACAUUUAUUAGGACUCGGAAUGGAAGCGGAGAGGCAGCAUGUGAUUAUCUCACACUGGGAGUCGAAAAAUAAUAAGCUGUACAAAAAUAGCGUCAACGAGUCUCGUGCUAGGACGCAACAAAGCAUCAGGAGAAAAAAGUUGAAUACGGCAGAUGGCUUCAGAUCAGCAGGAAAUGAACAGGAAGACGGAUCCGAUGGAGAUGAAGACGCUGAAGGCGAAGCAGCUGUUCAACAAGCAUGGGCGGAAUUGGCUGACAUUGAAAGGGAACAACAACGUUGGUCGGAGCUCAGAACACACAUAGAACAAAAAUUGGAGGUCUGUAGACAAAGAGGAGUCGAGUUGGAAGAUAAACUGCCAUCUCUCCUAUCAUCAGAUGAUGAGCGGGAAAUCUUAGCUUUGAUGUGUAGAGUACACGAGCUAGAAGCUGACAAAAUGGCUUUACAGUCUGAGCGAUUAGUAAGACAACACGAACUGCGACGAAGAGACUUGGUCAUCUUGAGGUACGACAGACAGAGGCAACUGUGUGAGGAAAUAAUCACAAGACAACGACAACUUUUAGAAGGCGGUAAAAUAAAGUUACCACCAGAUCUGCAAGAGCUUUAUCAGAUGUAUCAACAGGAAAUUCAUGCAGCCACAUACACAGACUACAAUGUACCGUCUUCAGCUUCCUUUUCGCCAGACAAGUUACCACCAAUCAGUAAAAUUUAUAGCGAUCCAAUGUUCAGGAGGAGCACUGCUGAUAUGAGCGGAAGUGAUGUCAGCGGACCCUCUCCUCCAUCAUCUGCCGAAUCUGGAGAAGAUGGGCUGCCAAAUCUCAGUGAUUCCAGUGUGGAUAGAGUCAUGGGGCAGCCUGUGAGUAGACCAAGUGUUGGAACAAAACUGCCUCCAUUGCCUCCUAGCCCUCCUGUACGAUUAAAGAAGGAUUCGUCAAGGUCAGGGGAGGAUUCACACUAAGCUCUGAUUAUUUAUUGUAAUACUAUAUUUUUUUGUCAUAAUUAUGUUAAUCUUAUUCUUAGGUAAUACAAACAUAGUAAAAACUUACAUA